GCCGCCUCGGCCAUGCGGCUCCCGGGCCGGGGGCCUGGGCUCGGGCCCGCGCCGCCCCCCGCGCGCCUCGCCCGCUGAGCCCGCGCCCGCCGGGGCGCCGCCCGGCACCAUGGUGCAGAAGUCGCGCAACGGCGGCGUGUACCCCGGCCCGAGCGGGGAGAAGAAGCUCAAGGUGGGCUUCGUGGGGUUGGACCCCGGCGCGCCCGACUCCACCCGGGACGGCGCGCUGCUCAUCGCCGGCUCCGAGGCCCCCAAGCGCGGCAGCAUCCUGAGCAAGCCGCGCGCGGGAGGCGCGGGCGCCGGGAAGCCCCCCAAGCGCAACGCCUUCUACCGCAAGCUGCAGAAUUUCCUCUACAACGUGCUGGAGCGGCCGCGCGGCUGGGCGUUCGUCUACCACGCCUACGUCUUCCUGCUGGUUUUCUCCUGCCUCGUGCUGUCCGUCUUCUCCACCAUCAAGGAGUACGAGAAGAGCUCCGAGGGCGCACUCUAUAUCUUGGAAAUCGUGACCAUUGUGGUGUUCGGGGUGGAGUACUUCGUGCGGAUCUGGGCGGCCGGCUGCUGCUGCCGGUACCGCGGCUGGAGGGGGCGGCUCAAGUUUGCCCGGAAGCCUUUCUGCGUAAUAGACAUCAUGGUGCUCAUCGCCUCCAUCGCCGUGCUGGCCGCUGGCUCCCAGGGCAACGUGUUCGCCACGUCGGCUCUCCGGAGCCUGCGCUUCCUACAGAUCCUCAGGAUGAUCCGUAUGGACCGGCGCGGCGGCACCUGGAAGCUGCUGGGCUCCGUGGUCUACGCCCACAGCAAGGAGCUGGUGACUGCCUGGUACAUCGGCUUCCUCUGCCUCAUCCUGGCCUCGUUUCUGGUGUACUUGGCAGAGAAGGGCGAGAACGAUCACUUUGAUACCUACGCUGAUGCUCUCUGGUGGGGCCUGAUCACUCUGACGACCAUUGGUUAUGGGGACAAGUACCCCCAGACCUGGAACGGGAGGCUCCUGGCUGCAACGUUCACCCUCAUUGGCGUCUCCUUCUUUGCUCUUCCUGCGGGCAUUUUGGGAUCUGGCUUUGCUCUGAAAGUUCAAGAGCAGCACCGGCAGAAGCACUUUGAGAAGAGGCGGAACCCUGCAGCGGGCCUGAUCCAGUCCGCCUGGAGGUUCUAUGCCACCAACCUGUCUCGCACAGACCUGCACUCGACGUGGCAGUACUAUGAACGCACGGUGACCGUGCCCAUGUACAGCUCGCAAACUCAAUCCUACGGGGCCUCCAGACUGAUCCCGCCGCUCAACCAGCUGGAGCUGCUUCGGAACCUCAAGAGUAAAUCUGGGCUCACCUUCAGGAAGGAGCCUCAGCCGGAGCCCUCUCCAAGUAAAGGCAGACCGUGCAGAGAGUCCCUGUGUGGAUGCUGCCCUGGACACUCUAGUCAGAAGGUCAGUUUGAAAGACCGUGUCUUCUCCAGUCCCCGAGGCGUGGCCGCCAAGGGGAAGGGGUCCCCGCAGGCCCAGACCGUCCGCCGGUCACCCAGUGCUGACCAGAGUCUGGAGGACAGUCCCAGCAAGGUGCCGAAGAGCUGGAGCUUCGGGGACCGCAGCCGGGCACGCCAGGCCUUCCGGAUCAAGGGCGCCGCGUCCCGACAGAACUCAGAAGAAGCGAGCCUCCCCGGGGAGGACGCCGCGGAGGACAACAAGAGCUGUAACUGCGAGUUUGUGACCGAAGAUCUGACCCCAGGCCUCAAAGUCAGCAUCCGGGCCGUGUGCGUGAUGCGCUUCCUGGUGUCCAAGCGGAAGUUCAAAGAGAGCUUGCGGCCAUACGACGUGAUGGACGUGAUCGAGCAGUACUCGGCCGGCCACCUGGACAUGCUGUCCCGCAUCAAGAACCUGCAGUCCAGGAUAGAUAUGAUUGUGGGCCCCCCACCCCCUUCAACUCCCCGGCACAAGAAGUACCCCAGCAAAGGACCCGCGGCCCCUCCGAGAGAGUCACCCCAGUACUCACCUAGAGUGGACCAGAUCGUGGGGCGGGGCCCGGCGAUCACAGACAAGGACCGCACCAAGGGCCCAGCCGAGGCUGAGUUGCCCGAGGACCCCAGCAUGAUGGGCCGGCUGGGGAAGGUGGAGAAGCAGGUGUUGUCCAUGGAGAAGAAGCUGGACUUUCUGGUGAACAUCUACAUGCAGCGCAUGGGCAUCCCCCCGACGGAGACGGAGGCGUACUUCGGGGCCAAGGAGCCCGAGCCGGCGCCGCCCUACCACAGCCCCGAGGACAGCCGCGAGCACGGGGACAGGAACGGCUGCAUCAUCAAGCUGAUCCGUUCCGCCAGCUCCACGGGCCAGAAGAACUUCUCAGCGCCCCCGGCCCAGUGCCCGCCCUCCACCUCGUGGCAGCAGCAGUGCCACCCGCGCCAGGGCCACGGCACCUCCCCUGUGGGCGACCACGGCUCGCUGGUGCGCAUCCCGCCUCCGCCCGCCCACGAGCGCUCGCUGUCCGCCUGCAGCGGGGGCAACAGGGCCAGCACGGAGUUCCUGCGGCACGAGGCCGCCCUGCGGGACAGCGACACGUCUAUCUCCAUCCCGUCCGUGGACCACGAGGAGCUGGAACGUUCCUUCAGCGGCUUCAGCAUCUCCCAGUCCAAGGAGAACCUGGACGGCCUCCACAGCUGCUACGCGGCCGCGGCGCCCUGCGCCACAGUCAGACCCUACAUCGCGGAGGGCGAGUCGGACACGGACUCGGACCUGUGCACCCCGUGCGGGCCCCCGCCGCGCUCCGCCACCGGGGAGGGCCCUUUCGGCGACGUGGGCUGGGCCGGGCCACGGAAGUGAGGCCGCCCGCCCGCCUCUCCCCCCGACUCUGGCUUUCCAGGUCUGCAGACGGGACGCUCCUCAGCGACGUGGGCGGGGGCGCCUUGGUCUCGAGAAGUGAAGUCUGGCAGAAGUUAUUUCUUAACAAGGGGCCGCCAGGCCGGCCGUGCCCUCUCUGCAGACCGCUGGCUGGGGUGUGAGCAGGGGUGAUGGCAGAGGACAGACCCCUGGCGGUAGGGAAGAGGCGUGUGGUCAAGGAGCAGGGCCCGGUGAGGGUGGCAGCGAGGGGCAGGAUCGAUGGCCUUGAGGCCCGUGGGGAGGGAGCUUGGGCUGAAGGAAGCACUGUUGCCCCGUGGGCGUGGCUUGGUCUUGUCCCUCUGUCCCCGCAAGGCUGGCACGACGACGCCUUCUCUCCUCCAGGGAGCUGCUGGCCUGCAGAGGAGGGGGUGAGACCUCAGGGCCUCCCGGCCUCGGCUCCUGUGGGGAGGGGCCUGCUCCACAGGCUUCCGGAACGGGGCCGUUGCGGGGGGCUCUUGCAGCCACCGGAGACCUGGGGAUGGGCACCCCCAUGUGCUCCAGGCCACGGCCAGCACCGGAUAGAGCCCCGUGUGCAGGGAGCAUGCUGGGUGGUUGCGGGCUGGUGUUUCUAGGCCCCAGGGCCGGGUAGGUCAUGGUGAGCAGGUUCACGUGCUGUCUUUUCCCUGAGGGCCCUGCCUCACUGCUCCCCCACUGGUGCCUCAACAGGACCCAGGGCAGGACGAUGCUAUAACCCCUGGGGAAAGCCUUCAAAGCCCCCCAGAGGUUGGGGGCCCCCUCCCCCCGUGGAGCUGAAGCAGCCCUGUCCUGUAGGGUGCCUCCUUCGUCCCCGCUGCGGCUGACUGUCCACCCACCCACCCGCUCUGCACUGACUGGUCCCUUGGCUGUGACUUCUUGGUAUCCUGGGAGUCAAGGAUGACCAUCUCCAGCCUGAGCCUCAGGGAGCAGGGGCCUUUGUCUCCUGUGGUUGGCACCUUGGCGCCAGGAACAGCAGCUCUGAGCCAGUCUCAGCAGUCUGUGGGGUGGGAGGCAUCUGGCAUUUGGAAGCGCAGCCUGGGCACCUGGCUAUCUCUGCGGCAGUGACCCCUGCGUGUGGUCGGGCUGGACGCGGCCAAGCCCACUAUGGAGGGACUUCCCCCCAAACACUAGGUCCUGGGGGAGCUCUGUCAUGACUCGGACCAGAAGUGGUUAGCGAGAGAGUCUGCCUUUGUCCUCGGAGAAGGGCUUGGAAAACAGUAUCUGAGGGUCAUGUGCCCUGGGCAUGAGGUCCAGGUGCUCAGAGCUCUUUAGGGAGUAAUGUCUCUUGACCCGGCAGGGGCCAUUGCUAUGGGCUCUGUGCCUGCCCCCUCCCCUUGCCAGGACACCCCGGGUCCCACCAUAGGCGCCUCUUGCUGGCCGGGCAGCAGGUGGCUGUGCUGGGUCUGUGUUUGCCCACAGCAGAGGGUGGAGGGCGGGGAGGGCACAGGCUCAGAGGUGGAAACCGCUGUUGCUGUCAGGGCCCAGCCUCCGGGAGGGGGAGGUGUGGAAGUUGCCACGGGGCCCGGGAAGGAGCGCUUCUGGGGCCGUGCUGGCUCCCUCAUGCUGAGGACCGUCCUUCUCCAGGGCUGUGUUUCUCCGGCCUCGGGCCUCAGGGUGGUGGGAAAAGUCCCUGCCCGUGCAGACGCCGCGGGCCUUGGUGUGGCCUGUGCGGAGUGGCCCGGGGAAGGUGCCUCUCCCAUCGCCAUCUCCCUCUGGGCUGAGCCCCCUUCGCCCUCCCGGCACGGGGGAGGGUGGUUCCAGCUGCAGACCGCCAGGCAGGGCAGGAGCGGGCGGCCCCUGAGCCGGGCAAGGCCGGGUCGGAUCUCGAGGCCCUGUGAGAGUUAGAGCAUGUCGCCAGUGACAGACCCGCCUUGUUGGGUCUCGGCCAUCGAGGACUCCACGCCCUGGGUGGAGGCGCCUGUUGUCCCGAGAGAAAGGUUGCUGUCCCGUCCCACAUGCUCCCUGUGUUGUGUGUCCCUGCAGGUGGGAGGAGCUGGCCUCAGACGUGCUCCCUGUCCACAGAGCCGCUGCACAGGGGGAGUGGUCUCUCAGGCCGCAGCAGGAGGGGUCUCAGGCAUGUUCCACGUCCGCAGGGGGGACGAGAGACCUCCUGCCUGAGAUCUCUGGCCCCUCCGAAGGGAGGAGGCACCCAGCUCUGGGGGAUGGUUUAGGGGCUCGGCUUUGGGAGAUGAUGUCGUAGAGGCCCCCUCUUGGGACGCCUGGACCGAGGCCUGGGCAGUGCGUGUCCCUCACGGCACCCACCCCCUGCCCCGGGGUCCCACCCUCAGAGAAGCAUAGCAGGAAAAGGCUGGAGGCCUCCGCAGGGAGCUUGAGCCCUUGGUUGGGCGUGUGCGUGAUGGGAGUACGGAGCCGGCCGGUCACCCUUGGCACAUGUGGCAAAGGUUUCCUAAGACAAGGGCACUUGUUAGGCCAGAGUAUGUGCCCCCACCAGCCCGUGGCCCUGUGCUCAUGUACACGCUUGCGUACGUGCAGCACACGCACAUACACAAGCACACCCACGGGGAUGUAACUUGGCACACACAUGCUCACAUGCACGCACACACUCAUGUGCACACACGCUCGUGCACACGUACACAUGUGCAGCCCACCCACACAUGCACACAAUGCGCACACAUGGGCUCUCAUACACACACUUACAAGCUCACACGUGCACACGUGCGCACACACACACACAAACUUCACACGCACACGGUCACCCACACAUGCUCACACACACUCAUACACACAAGUUCACAUACACACGCUCACCCAUACACGCUCACGUGCACGCGUGCACAUUCGCACACAAGCUCACACAUGCACACUCACCCAUACAUACUCGCACAUGCACACGCCCACAUGCAUGCACUCUCACACGCUUGCCCAGUGUGCGUGCACGCUGCAUUUCUGACCUUGGUGGCCCUUUGUCUGACCUCUCUCUUUGGAUCUGUCUGCUUUAUGCCCUGAGAAGCUAACAACUUUGAGUGGCAGGUGGCCGGCGGUCCCGGGCUCCUGGGCAGCUCUGGCAGAGGGGCCACCGGGGCCCGUCAGGGGCCCACGCGCCUCACGUCAGCCGGCCCGGCGGCUGUCCAGAGCCUCCGUUCGGCCGGAUGCCGCGACGUGACUUGGGCUGGGCUGGGGAGGCCCGGGUGUCCGGUUGUAACCCUGGGGCCCUGACCGGCUCCCUCUGCCCUCCCUGGCCACACGGGCGUCACCCUGUCCCUCACCGGCACCCUCUGGCCCAACAUCUCCUGCCUGCCCACGUGAACUCAUGAGCCAUGGCCUCGCUGGGCCUCCCUGGAGGAUGGAGGGGCCCUGGCCAGGUGGCAGAGGCCUCUCUCGGCCUGCCCGCCUGGCCCCUUGUACGGGAGGGCGCUCCCCUCGUCGGGGGCGCUUGCCUCAAGCUCGUUUGGAGGCUGGAAAGGUGCCUGCGCUCUGGGACCCCACACUGCAAAGGGUGCUCUGUAGAAGCCCAUCUGGUUAGAGCGGGAACUGCCCUGUGGCUGCCCCUGGUCCCCGAGCACACGAACCAGCCAGGUGGGGCAGCAUCGUGAACUAACCUUGUCCCUUGUACUAGGCUCACGGAUUCAGCACGUUAACACGGGAGAGAAGCGGGGGGGAGGGGGGCACACUCUCUUCUGCUGGCCCUCACAUUCAGGGGGCACCCCAUAAAGCAGGUGCCCCUGCCUCUGCUGUUUGUGGAUGGAACUCGGCCCUGAGACCUUUCUAGAUGCUUCCUGAAGCCCAGAGGUGUGGAGGGCUCCUGGGAGGCCUUUGUAGAAAUGCUGACUCUUUGUAUCUAUUUCGUAUUCACCCCGAACUGUAAAUAGUGUACAGACCGUGGUGCAGGCGUUUGUUUGCCUCUGACGUCAUGCUGCGAGACCAGAGUGACAACAGUGUCCCCGCCCUCUGAUGUCACAAGCCCUUGAAAUAAACACGGUGUGCAGAGGGGCAGUUUGACAGCCCAUGGGGGGCUUGGGGCAUCUUGCACCCGAGCAGGGUGGCUGGGUUCCGAGCAGCAGGACGGCUCUGUGCCCCUGGUGCCCCUCCCCCUGCCCGAUGCUCACCGGCUCCGAGGCAGACGCUCCCUUCCCUGAUUGACUUGCUGUCUUGCAUGGUCUUCCACUGCCUCCGGUGGUGGUGUGGACAGACCUGCCCUCUGUGACCCCGGAGCCGGUCCUCAGGCCACCUGCUUGGAUGUACCAAUGCUGGGUGAGGGGCGGGAGGGCUGGGUAGGGCCCAGAAGUAAUGGGCUACCUGCUUCUAGCACCCAGGGGAGCCUGUGUGGCUGCUCCCGGGGGCAGGCUCCACUGGGCCCCUGCUGAGCACUAAGUAGGAGACACGACCAGGGAGGGCUUCCCGUAGGAGAUGGUGUGGUGGGAUUAGGGGCUUGCACCUCUCCUCUCUCCAGGGGACCUGGGAACACCAGCUGCUGAGGCCGGGACGCUGCAUAGCCCCCAGAGCGUGCACGAGCAGGGGCCACGGGUCACGGGAUAUGCCAUCUUGUGGGAGUGGGGGCUGACCGCAGACGCCAGGAGGAGACGUUGGAGGGAGAGAGGCUUUAGCAAACAGGGUAGAGACAGCACGGAAGAGACACUCCCUGGAAGGGGAGACCCUCUGUCAACCUCUCCAA